AUGCAAAGAAACAUUAUUCAGGGGCUGAAGAAGUUUGGUGGACAACUGAAGGAGAAUCGCGAGGUUUUUGGUGCAACUCCCAUCCUUGUGGUGGAAAGUGCCCUUCGGGUACCGAAAAGCACGGGAAAGCGAGCAGCUAAGAAGGAAGAACCAUCCCAGCUAUCGCAGCAUGUGCAGCUCUUGCUCGGAUCUUCUGGCUUGAGAAGUACUUCGACGAGACCGUCAACGGACCAUUUUCCAUUCCAGGAAGAUGUGAAUCAAACAGCUGCCUUUGCCCAACGACUUGGUGCCUCCACGAUCAUCGGAGUGGGAGGCACAGCUGCCUUGGAGCUGGCCAAAUCGGUAGCACAAGAAUCCAGCAAUUUUGAAGAGCUUGUGCUCGUUCCAGGAACCGAUGGAGCCACGCUUUUGACGGCGACCUCUCAUCCAUUGCUUACCGACCCUGAACAAAACGCAUUGAUUCCAGGGCCCGCCUCGCUGAGAGACGAUUUGGGAUUUCAUCUUGUUCUGCCAGAAUUGAACCGUUCAAAAACUGAUCCACAAUUGACAGCAGUGUAUUCAAGUCUUGUCCUCGGGUUGGAUGCUAUCUAUCGGAGAGAUAGCGACGACAAGGAGUGCAUAACAAUGAUACAAUCCGCGGCAACAAUUUUGGAGCAUGUCAACGACGGAAGCCUUGGCAGUGUCAAGGAUACAGAAAUACAAGAUCUCAUGCUUUGGGCUGGAUCAAGAAUGUUGUUUGGGGUGGACAGCGGGAGCUACCGAUCAAUCCCAUUGGCAUUGACAUGUUCUCUCAUCCCUACAACAUUUUCCAGCUAUUCCUUUGGCGACUUUAUGUCCUGCCUGCUGCCUGGUGUGCUUUCUCUCUUGGAAGAGAAGGACGAGUACAAAGAUUUGGCCCUGGAGAUUUCAUCUAGACUUGGCCAGCAUUGCCCUCGAUUGGAAAACUUGCAAGGGGGUGCAGUCUCUAUCAACGCCCUUUUAGCACAAGUUCAAACCACUGCAGACUUGUGGGAUUGUCAAGAUGCCCCUGAUGCUCAGCUGGAGAAAGUGCUGAGUGUCAGCCUCGAGUCAAACCGGUAG